CCUCUCAUAAAUAGUAGCACAAUGUCAACUCCACCUUUGGCCCUUCCCUCCUCACCUCAAAAUGCAACUUGCAAAAAUAUCCGUCGACCGACAUCUAGUACUCACCCUAGCCUUUGGAAGGAUUAUUUCCUCCAUCAUUCUUCCAAUUACAAGAAAAUUGAACCUAGAACACAAGAAGAAUAUGAAGAACUGAAGCAACAAGUAAGGAGGUUG